AUGAGAAUUCACACAGGAGACAAACCAUUCAGCUGUGAUGAAUGUGGACAAAGAUUUACUCAAAAGACAAGCUUAAAACGACACAUGAGAAUCCACAUAGGAGACAAACCAUUCACCUGUGAGGAAUGUGGACAAGGAUUUACUCAAAAGACAAGCUUAAAACGACACAUGAGAAUCCACACAGGAGACAAACCAUUCAACUGUGAUGAAUGUGGACAAACAUUUAGUCAGAAGACACAUUUAGACCAACACUUGAGAAUCCACACAGGAAACAAACCAUUCAACUGUGAUGAAUGUGGACAAAGAUUUAGUCACAAGUCAGGCUUAAAACGACACAUGAGAAUCCACACAGGAGACAAACCAUUCAGCUGUAAUGAAUGUGGACAAAGAUUUAGUCAGAAGACAAAUUUAGACCAACACAUGAGAAUCCACACAGGAGACAGACCAUUCAGCUGUAAUGAAUGUGGGCAAAGAUUUAGUCAGAAGACAAAUUUAGACCAACACAUGAGAAUCCACACAGGAGACAAACCAUUUAGAUGUGAUGAAUGUGGACAGCGAUUUAAUCAAAAGAUACACUUAAGCCAACACAUGAAAAUCCACACAGGAGACAAACCAUUCUUCUGUGAGGAAUGUGGACAAAGAUUUAGUCACAAGACAAGCCUAGACAUACACAUGAGAAUCCACACAGGAGACAAACCAUUCUUCUGUGAGGAAUGUGGACAAAGAUUUAGUCGCAAGACAAGCUUAGACAUACACAUAAGAAUCCACACAGGAGACAAACCAUUCAACUGUGAGGAAUGUGGACAAAGAUUUAGUCACGAGACAAACUUAGACAUACACCAAAGAAUCCACACAGGAGACAAACCAUUCAGCUGUGAGGAAUGUGGACAAAGAUUUAGUCACGAGACAAGCUUAAAACGACACAUGAAAAUCCACACAGGAGACAAACCAUUCAGCUGUGAGGAAUGUGGACAAAGAUUUAGUCGCAAGACAAGCUUAGACAUACACCAAAGAAUCCACACAGGAGACAAACCAUUCAGCUGUGAGGAAUGUGGACAAAGAUUUAGUCACGAGACAAGCUUAAAACGACACAUGAAAAUCCACACAGGAGACAAACCAUUCAACUGUGAUGAAUGUGGACAAAGAUUUAGUCACAAGUCAAGCUUAAAACAACACAUGAGAAUCCACACAGGAGACAAACCAUUCAGCUGUGAUGAAUGUGGACAAAGAUUUAGUCACGAGACAAGCUUAAAACGACACAUGAAAAUCCACACAGGAGACAAACCAUUCAAUUGUGAGGAAUGUGGACAAAGAUUUAGUCACGAGACAAGCUUAAAACGACACAUGAAAAUCCACACAGGAGACAAACCAUUCAACUGUGAUGAAUGUGGACAAAGAUUUAGUCACAAGUCAAGCUUAAAACAACACAUGAGAAUCCACACAGGAGACAAACCAUUCAGCUGUGAUGAAUGUGGACAAAGAUUUAGUCACGAGACAAGCUUAAAACGACACAUGAAAAUCCACACAGGAGACAAACCAUUCAACUGUGAGGAAUGUGGACAAAGAUUUAGUCACGAGACAAGCUUAAAACGACACAUGAAAAUCCACACAGGAGACAAACCAUUCAACUGUGAGGAAUGUGGACAAAGAUUUAGUCACGAGACAAGCUUAAAACGACACAUGAGAAUCCACACAGGAGACAAACCAUUCAACUGUGAGGAAUGUGGACAAAGAUUUAGUCACGAGACAAGCUUAAAACGAGACAUGAAAAUCCACACAGGAGACAAACCAUUCAACUGUGAUGAAUGUGGACAAAGAUUUAGUCACAAGUCAAGCUUAAAACAACACAUGAGAAUCCACACAGGAGACAAACCAUUCAACUGUGAUGAAUGUGGACAAAGAUUUAGUCACAAGUCAAGCUUAAAACAACACAUGAGAAUCCACACAGGAGACAAACCAUUCAGCUGUGAUGAAUGUGGACAAAGAUUUAGUUGCAAGACAAGCUUAAACAAACACAUGAGAAUCCACACAGGUCAGAGACCUAUUCCCUGUGAGGUGUGUGGUGAAUUAUUUAGGUGGCCUGUCUCUUUAAACAGACACAUGCGUGUCCAUGCAACAUAGAAACGGCAUUUUGAGAAUGUUUUCUAAAAUUUAAAGUGCGUUAUAAAUAAAUUAUUAUUAUUAUUGUUACGGCUGCCACCUGAGUUUUCAGCAGGGUUAAACCUGACUGUUUGUGUACAUUGCAUACAUCUGUUUUGGCUGCUUUUUGAGUUUGAGUUUCUCAUACCCCUAUAAUGGGUCGUAACAAAGUGGGGGCUCGUCCGGGAGCUUAUUUUCUCGUAGUAUAUUUAGCACAGUUGGUGUGAAGCAGUGUGCUUUAUUGUUCUGAUCGAGAUGGCUACGUCCUUUGACUUGGAACGGUUUCUUGCUGCUCCUUCCUGUGUAGCUCUUGACUGUCUCCGCAAAGCUGAUCUUAUGCAGCCUUUUCCCUGUUGGUCCUGAAACAGGCCAUCAAGAGCCAGAUUAAGGCUCUACUGGUGGAGCAGUUGGAAGCUUGUGGGGUGUUAAAAGUGUCUGCAGAAGCAGAAUUUGAACUCCCAGCCCGGAGACUGAGGAGGGGCCGGGGGCUGAAAAGUCGGUGACACCCGUCACUCUGGCCCGGUGUGAUCCACUUUCCUCAAACAGUUUGGAUGCCCAUGCUGGGGCUCGGUUGAAAGUCCGUUUGGAAAGAUUGGAGCUGGAAGCCCGUGAGAAGGCUGAGGCUCACCAAGCGCACAUUGAGUUUGAGUUAUGAAAGUUGGAAAUAGAAGCUGACUAAGCUGUCAGACUCCAAAGGUUGGAGCUGGAAGCUCAAGCCCAGGCACUGCCCACUUUGGCCACCACUGCAGCGGCAGCUCCUUCUGUUUCUGCCACCUUUGAUGUGAGCAAGUGCAUUUCCUCUGUGCCUAAUUUCUGGGAUACAGAGGUGGACUCGUAUUUCGCUCCAUUUGAGUACAUUGCAGGUACGUUGGAAUGGCCAUAUGACGUGUGGCAUUGUUGCAGUGAAAGUGAACUGAAAAAGCACAAGAGGUUGUUUCAGCUCUGCCAUUAAAGGACAGCUUGAGCUACGACACAGUCAAACCCGUAGUUCUCCAUGCUUACGAACUCGUACCUGAAGCUUAUUGCCAGAAAUUUCGCCAGCAGAAACAAUCUGCGGGUCAAACUUAUGUGGAGCACAGAUGGAAAUGAAAAGUACUCUCUUUGACAAGAGUUUAAGAAAUGCAAACCAGAGUGCAUCGUGUUGUAUCUAAACGAGCAAAAGGUGAGUUCGCUUUCAUCUGCUGCGUUGUUAGUGGAUGAAUAUGUGCUGACACACAAAAUAUCACUGCCAGUCUGUGAGGAUAAGUUCCUCAAUCGUUCUGACUGUUCCAACUUUCAGAAAAGUGCUGAGGUAACAAGCACUCACCCUGUGAAAGAACUUUAAUUUGUGAGAAGUCCUGAGGUGCAGGAGUGCUUUUAUUGUCACAAACUCGGUCAUCUCAUUGCUGAGUGUGAAGUUUUGAGAUGCAAGAACCACCGCAAACCACAGCCGCAAGGUGUAUGUUUGGUCUGGACACAGGCUCACUGCAGAGGUUCCCAGUCCCUCAUCUUGGCUGACGCACUGUCUUUCUCCGACGCUACUUCAUGUGGGCAUAAUGUAGUGAACAAAGGAAUAGAGAUGGCAUAUGUGCCCAGAGCGGUACAUCGUGUGCACAUUAGGACAGAUUUAAUUAGUGGUAUUUUUCCUGUAGCCGUAUGUCCAGAAUUACCUCUGAAGGGGAUAACUAUGCUAAUAUGCUAAUGGGGAAUGAUAUAUCUGGUGGUCGUGUAAUAUUAGAUGUUCCUGUAGUUGAUGCUUCACCAGAUUCCCGUUUGUUAUUCAGUUUGUAUCCAGCUUGCGCAGUAAUUUGUGCAUAAGCUUAAAGCCAAGGCCAUGCGGCUAGUCUUUCAGACACAGCCUUGUCACAUUUAUUUGCAGAGGAACCUGUUCCUGUUCACAUUCCUCUCAAUGAGGACGUUGCUCCAUCAGAAGCUGAUGAACAGACUAGCGGAGAAGUCUUGUCAUCAGACCCUGAUUCUGACAUAUUACCACUAGCUAGCGAGACAUUAAUGGAGGCUCAGGCUUCAUUUUCACUCAAAACAAUAGAAACUGGUUUAUUUAACUUUAACAGCUGUCCACUGCUGACAUUAUUUGUUGCACUCUCUCAUACCCCAAAAGUGGGUCGUAACGAUUAUUAGGCCCGAGCACCGAAGGCGGUGCGAAGGCCUAUUGUAAUUAUUAUUAUUAUUAUUAUUAUUAUUAUUAAACAUGAGAAGUUUCCUCCAAAAUAGCAAAUAAAUCCCAAAGUUCUGUGCGGGGUGAGUGUGGUGUGUAUUCUCUCUUGAAAUAAGCUAGACCUUCGCCUGGUAAAGAAUCCUGUAGUGCCAAACCCAAAUCCAGGUGAAGGUGUAAAUCGUCAGCCAGACAUGUAUGUGUACAGAGCAUGGACAAACGCUGAUGUAAUGAAGACAACUGAAGGAAUUCCCAAGCCUUGGACUGUUGAAGCUAGGGCUGCAACUAUUAGUCGUCGUUGUCGACAGUAGUCGACAGUAGUCGACAAUAAAAAUAGUCGACAACGAAUUUAGCCGUCGACUAUUGUCAGCAAAAA